AUGGAUGAAGAAGAAGAAAAUGUGGAAAUGACACCUGAUGAAGCGUUACAAUUUAUUAAAGCUCAAAAUGCUAUCAUGGAACCGGGCGUUUUGGAGUCGCUACGAAUUUAUUUGGAAGAAGGUUGUGGUUGCACGGAUACCGCUAUAACUUCACUAGUGGCUGGUUAUCAAGCUUAUGCUCAGUCGGUAAAUAUCAUGUCGGACUGGUUAGUGGCACUAGGUGAUCCCCAACCGGAAGAACCAAAGCCGGUAGCACCAGUCAAGAAGACAAAACGCGGUCGACGAGGAGCAAAGCAGUCAGCAAAGAAAGCAGAGGAAGAACGGAAACAGAAAGAAGAAGAAAAAGCAAAAGAAAGUGAUACUCCGAAAAGUCCAUCGAAAAAGCAUGAGCCGGAUAAGAAACUGGAACCGUUUUAUGGGAGAAUGGAGGCCGCUAAGUGUGUGGAGAAUACUUUGGCAACAUUAAUUGCAAAACAUUUCUCCCCCGAUAUUGCUGAUACAAUCUUUGAAGAUGGUGGAGUUAUCGAAUGGUUGCCCGAGCUUAUUAAUCACAAGCGAUGGCGAACACUCCUGUACGAGUUGAUGGACCAAUAUCCAAACUGCCUUAUGCUUAAUUUUGCUGUGAAACUCAUAUCGGAUGCUGGCUUUCAAACGGAAAUCAGUACUGUGAGCUCGGCUGCGCAGCAGCUUGAUAUCUUCUCAAGGGUCCUAUUGACGUCGAUUGAUACGGUAUUAACAGAACAUCGGAAAGGCUGUAUAACAGCGGCGUACGAGAAAGCGUUCUCAGAGCUGGCGGUAGGUACAGCCCAAGGUGGUCGAAUUCUGGCCGCUUGUGAGCAGAUGGCUGAGUCGUUACGAGCGGAAAUGGAAGGUCGUGAGCACGAGACAACCGCUUUGCGUACUGCACUUGCGCAAACGGCCGAUGAUCAGGUAGCUUCACAUUUCACUCAAGCCCUUCUAAAUAUGGUCAGCAAAGGUGAACUGAAUCCAGCUGAUGUAACGAUCAUUUAUGAUCAAUACAUCUUACCACUACCGCCUCCAAUAUCGAUUAUUCGGGAUCCAAUAUUUAUAGAGCUCUUGUUAGACUCGUUGUUUCACUUUGAAGGCCCGAAGACUCUUCCGGAGCAUCGUUUCAAGUACAUCUUCUUAUUAGCAUGUGCUGCAUCAGUGUCGGAGACCAGAAACAGCAAUGGGCGGCGGACGCAAUCACGCUUGGAACUUGAUAAUUGCCGUCAAUGUCUCGAUGAUGUCGUCAGUCUUUUGGAGAAUAUGGAUGACCUGUUAACGGAGCUAAAUGAAUUGCUACAUGCCAUCAAAAUGCCAGUCGUAGCUGCUGGAGUGCUUCACUAUAUACAAACGUUAUUGUUAUCCGAAGAAAAGACAGGAGAUCCUCCCGGAGCCGCCUUAUGCCUUCUGGACCAUAUCUCUACCCUUCAUCCGAACUUACAUGCUAAAGCUUUCGACGUAUGCUGUCAAUUGUAUGAAAAGAUAGCUGGAGAGAAUGAAGCCGCUGAGUCUGCUUUCAUACUCAGCGAACUUGCGGCCCUUGUCGCUGCUGUUAAAGUAAUUAUGGAACGUCAACGGCUUGUCGUCGAUCGCCUCGUGCAUUUGUUAUCGGUGGGCGGAACGAUCCCAGUUCUGGAAAAGGUGUGGGAGAUGUUCCGUGAUGGACAAAUAGAUGCGUCUCUGGUGCGGUACUUCGCGACGGAGAUUCUCGAGAUAAUCGCCCCACCAUUUUCUGAUGAUCUCAUUAAUCUCUUUUUGCCUUUGGUUACUGAUGAGGAAAUCUUUGAUAAAGCUGCUCAUGUGAGUUUUUUCUGA